UAUAUAAAAAUCCGUAUUUAGAUGAAGAAACCAAUAUCCGAAAUUACAGUGAAGAUGGCGACCACCAACAAGCCAAAGAAUGUGCGAGAAAGUGAACAAAAGCUUCUUGAUGCGAUCGUGAAUGAUAAUCUGGAUACCGUGAAGACACUUUUGAAAGACCCAGAUGUUAGAACAGAUUUUACAGAUGAUACUGGGAUGACCUCUCUACAGCAUGCAGCAUUCAGAGGCAGGAAGGACAUGGUGGAGCUUCUCCUGGCUAACGGAGCCGAUGUUAACGCUGACAAACACGAGAACUCUUACUCCACCCUCAUGUUUGCAGCUUUGUCAGGGAACACUGAUGUCACCAGACAAGUGCUAGAAGCAGGUGCCAAGGUAGAUCACGUGAACUCGGUGGGGCGAACAGCUGCUCAGAUGGCUGCAUUUGUUGGACAGCACCAAUGUGUUUCCGUCAUCAACAACUUUUUUCCAAAAGAAAAACUUUUGUACUACACCAAACCUCAAGGCUUUGAGAAGGAGCCCAGACUUCCCCCUGAGAUGGCCCCUGCCCUGUGUACUAUGAUCAACAUGCCAGACCUUCAUCCUGUUAAGCUGUGUCUGUAUCUACAAGAUCACCCAGGUCUGUUGGACAACUACACAGGCAUUGUGAAAGUGUUUGAACAUUUGUGUGAAAAAAGUAUGAAAGCAAGGGAUACCAAUGACAUUUUUGCCUUGAAAACUCAUUAUUACUCAGUUUUGUUUAAAACCGCCGGUAAAAUGCAAUCAGAAAAAGGAAGCAUUGAUGGCUUAAUCAAAUCAUUAAUCAAAGGAAGAGAGAGUGACGGGUUUCCUGAAUUCCAAGAGAAGUUUCUGAGACAAAUGUUAAGAGAAUUCCCCUAUGCAGAGUCCGAAUUACUCCAGCAAAUGGUGCGAAACUUGGCAAACACUCAAAUAGGAGAUCAUCCGACAGCAUUGUAUGUCCUGUGUCAGGGAAUCAACGGACAGAAGUUCAUGGAUGAGGACGAUGUCUGUAGUACAUGUGGAAGUCUUCGCGCCAAGAAGAAGUGCUCCGCCUGUAAAAUGGUUUGUUACUGUGAUCAGAGAUGUCAGAAAUUACACUGGAGCACACAUAAAAAGUUCUGUAAGCAGUUAGCAGAGGAAUAUGUGCAUUUGGAGGAGAAACGAAAAAAGGAAGAAGAAGAAAAACAGAAACAAGAACAGCUUUUAAAGGAGCAACAGCAAAAAAGCAAUACCCCAGACAAAGACAUCACAAAGGAUAAAGAAACAGAGGAGAGUUCUGACACCAGGGAAGAUAACUCCGCUGAAGCUGUAGAACCAUAAUCAGAACUUUGUCGUCUCGAUCACCAUUCCAUCCACAUUGUAGUGUACUUAUGUUGUUUUUAUAAAAGUAACUAAUUGGCAACAAAAUAUGAAAUUGUUAUUAACUACUUAUAAUAUCUUAAGGCAUAAAAAUAAUUAGAGAUGUACGUCAGUGUUUUUAUUAAUGUAACAGAUAUUAGAAUUUCAAAUACAUGUAUUCUUAUAUUGGUGCUAGAUGUUAAUGUUUAUUGAAAAGUAGUCAGUUAGACUAAUUGAAAUAACGGGGCAUUAUAUCAAAUCAUUUCAUUUUGAUUAAUAAUGCAGUACAUAUCUGUCCAUGUCAGUUUUGAAUUUAUACAAAAAUCAAUGUAAAAUAAUGAUAUAUUUCCUGGUUUGGAGCUUUAUCAAGAUCAUGUUCCGAUGAUGUUUAAUUAUUGUCAAAAAUGUGUAGUAACGGAAAGAUAAAAAUUGAACAGAUGUUGGGAGUAUCAGAUGAAUGUUGGUAAAUUUAUAAAACUAUAUAUAUAUUGAUUUUUAUAACUGGCCUACCGUUUUGAAGGAAACAGGUGUUGUACUUGUUACACACAACCAGUUUGUAAAUUGCAUGUCCUGAUGGGUGUCAAUGUAUAUAAAUUUUUAAGGUUAUGUUGUUUAAGUUUUCAGUAUUGUUUAUUAUGUAAUAAAAUAUGCAACAUUGACA